AUGGAGUUGCAAAGUCAAGGAGUUGUGUCAAAAGAAUUCAGCGGUGCGCAGACUAAGCCGUACUACGUCACCACACCCAUUUUCUAUCCGAACGCCGUGCCGCACAUCGGACACCUCUACACGCUCGUGACGGGCGACAUUCUUGCGCGGCACGCGCGCAUCGCGCACCCGGACAGGGUUGUGAAGUUCCUCACGGGCACGGACGAGCACGGGCUGAAGAUCCAGAAGGUCGCUGCGGAGCGGGGUGUGCGGCCGAUGGCGCUGUGCGAUCGGCUGAGCGGGCAGUUCCGUAGGCUGGCGGGGAGCGCGAAUGUGAGCGGGACGGUGUUCAUGCGCACGACGAGUGCGGAGCAUCGGAGGGCCGUUGAGCAUGUUUGGAAACAACUCGACGCGAAAGGGCUCAUCUACAAAGACGCGUACGAGGGAUGGUACUCUGUCUCGGACGAAUGCUUCUACACCCACUCCCAAGUCCACAAGACGACCCUCCCCUCGGGCGAAGAAAUCACGGUGUCGACGGAGACCGGGUCGACCGUCGAGUGGUCCCAGGAGGAAAACUACAAGUUCCGUCUAUCCGCGUUCCGCGAGACGCUGCUCGAGCACUACACGCGCGACAAGGGCUCGAUCUUCCCGUCGAGUUAUCACGAGUACCUCGUCGACCUGCUUAAGAACAACGACCUGGACGACCUCUCGGUGUCCAGGCCGCGCACGCGGCUCGAGUGGGGUGUGCCGGUGCCAGGGGACCCGGAGCACACGAUCUACGUGUGGUUCGACGCGCUGACGGUGUACCUCAGCGGGAUCGGGUUUCCGUGGGCGGGCGGGGCGGCGGAGGGCAGCGGGGCGGGGUGGGCGCCGGAUGUGCAGGUGAUUGGGAAGGAUAUCCUCCGGUUUCAUGCGAUCUAUCUGCCGGCGAUGCUCAAAGCGCUGGAGUUGCCGCUCUCGCGCACGAUUCUGACGCAUGCGCACUGGACGGUCAAUCAGCGCAAGAUGUCCAAGUCGGUGGGCAACGUUGUUGAUCCGUUUGAGGCGAUGGAGAUAUACGGGGUAGAUGUUGUGAGGUUCUACCUCGCGCGUGUGGGGGGACGGUUCAGGGAUGAUGUCGACUGGUCAACGGAGCAGCUCGACAAGCACUCGGACGAGCUUCGUAAUCUACUUGGGAACCUCUUUAUGCGGAUCACGUCCAAGGCGAUUCGUGCACGCGUGGCGAAAGCCGAUGAGAAGCUGGACGUUAAAGCGCUUCUAUCAGACACGGAGAAGGCGAAAGCGCUCGGCGUCGACUUGGAGCUGCUGAACAGCGUUGGUGCGCUGGGAGCCACUGUACGGAAGAAUUUUGACAUGCUCGAGCUCGGAGAUGCGCUGGAGGCGAUCAUGCUUGUGCUUCGCCAGGCCAAUGCGACUAUGACCAACAGCGCACCUUGGGCGCAGGAUCCCCAGCCCGCGGCUGCGUCGUACGUUUCGGUCCUUGAGACAAUCCGAGUCUGUGCGCUGUGCCUGCAGCCGUUCAUACCUGAGGCGGCCCAGCGGCUUCUGGACGCGAUGGACGUUCGAGAGAGCGAGCGUACAUUGGGGUACGCCGAGGUGGGCGUGGGGGCAGUGGGCGAGAAGGUGGAGGGUGUGAAGCUGUUUAAUAUUCCGCAGGUCAAGGUGUAGACGUACUGCUUAUAAGGGCUUCUGGUUUGACAAUUCUACUCAUGGCCUCGGUUUCUGCACUCGUGAGCUGAACGUUCUUGUAUCUGACAGCUCCUAGAGUUGGACAGGUAUACAGAGGCCGGGUCGAGGACGUGGAGGGAUUGACAUGUGACGUGAACGCGUCACGUCGAGCGUCUAUGUAACUUUGCGAGACAAUAUUUCACGUUCCCAGGGUUCAGUUUACUAUGCCGUAAAAUAAAACAUUCUCG